AUGGGUGCAGUCAAAGUGCCCGUCCCAGGCCCAGCAAGGCUGAAGAGAUCGGCGGGCCCGGAUGAGUGGCUUGAAGCAGCAAAGAAUUGCAAAUAUCUCUCAGAGUAUCACAUGAAACAACUCUGCGAAAUCGUCAAAGAAUACAUGAUGGAAGAAUCAAACAUUCAACCCGUUUCCACCCCUGUCACCAUUUGCGGUGACAUUCAUGGCCAAUUUUAUGAUCUACUCGAACUCUUCCGAGUCGCAGGAGGCAUGCCAAAUGAGACCGCGCCAGAAGCACCGGUGACACCGGCCAAUAUCAUUACCUCCGCAGAUAUCGAGCCUCCUUCUACCAUUACAAACCCGAAACUGAAAAAGAAACUAAGACUUGGAGGUGCACAGCAUCCAGAUACCCCCAGUGAAAAAAGUAGUGAGGUGAGCGACGCAGAAGACAUCCCUUCCUCGCAACAAUCAGAAAUUGAAGAUGAAAGAUCCGAGUCUGGCAACGUCGUCUCACGCAAACAAAAUGCCAAUUUCAUCUUUCUCGGAGACUACGUCGAUCGUGGAUACUUUUCCCUCGAAACACUCACACUACUUCUAUGCCUGAAAGCGAAAUACCCGGAGCGAAUCACACUAGUCAGAGGAAACCAUGAGUCCCGUCAGAUCACGCAGGUCUACGGUUUCUACGAAGAAUGUGUUCAAAAAUAUGGAAACACCUCGGUCUGGAAAGCUUGCUGCCAGGUCUUUGACUUCAUGACACUCGGAGCUAUCGUCGACGGCAAAAUUCUAUGCGUACAUGGCGGACUGUCACCGGAAAUUCGAACACUUGACCAAGUUAGAGUUGUUGCCCGAGCUCAAGAAAUUCCCCACGAAGGCGCGUUCUGUGAUCUUGUCUGGUCUGACCCAGAAGACGUUGAAACCUGGGCGGUUUCUCCAAGGGGGGCCGGGUGGUUAUUUGGUGAUAGAGUCAGUCAGGAAUUCUGCCACGUCAAUGGACUUAGUCUUAUUGCAAGAGCACAUCAACUGGUCAACGAAGGCUACAAGUAUCAUUUCAAGAGUCAAGACGUGGUGACGGUGUGGAGCGCCCCAAAUUACUGCUACAGAUGUGGAAAUCUAGCAUCGGUAUGCGACAUCAACGAAGACAUGAAACCGACAUUCAAGCUUUUCAGCGCUGUGAAGGAUGAGCUACGACAUGUUCCACCCUCAAGAGGUGGCCGCAACGAAUACUUCCUCUAG